GGGAAGAUGAAAAGGGAGGUGCAGCUACUGGCAAAACGCUAGGUCUUUGUGCUACCCAAGGCCCCACCCUGGCAAGGGGCAACAUGUUAUUCCCUCAUUGUGAGGUGGCUAUGCUUGCAGGGGUUUCCUGUAUAGCGUUAGGAGUAGUGAUAGAAGCAGAGAGGCAAGAAGCUGCAGAGCUGGAAGCUGCAACAGAUGCUUCCAGAAAAGAGCACCUGCUGCAGCAGGCUCAGAAGACUUUUGCGGACGCUAGAGUGGCCCAGUGUACCAGGGACCUGGCUGAGCUGGUAUUGUUACAAGACAAGCUUACAGCCAGCCAUUUCACAAACUGGGACGAAAGGAUCCAGAGGCUGCAGACCAGAGUGUCUGAUCUGGGAACUCAACAGUCUAAGAUCUUGGAUGCCAUCCAAAAUCUGACUGCUCAGUUAACAGCAGCCAACCUGAUCUCUCCUUUGGUCCCUGUGGGCCCCUCUCCUAGACCCCCAAAGCCUUCUCAGCCUUCCUCUUCACCUCCUUCCUCUCCUCACUCUUCUCGUAAGUCUUCUCCCUCUGUCUCCUCCCAGGCCAAAGCCACACCUCCUCCCACCUUUGUUGUUGUAGUUGCUGGGGACCACAGAGGUCCCAAGAUAUCUGCCCCCAGCAAAUUCAAGGGGGAUGACCCCAAGACUGAUGUGGGGGACUGGACCGCUGGAACCCGGGCCUAUCUGAAGGGGUUCCAAUGUCCAGAGCAGCAAAAGGUGGCCACCGUUGUGGGGUUGCUGGAGGGGCCUGCCCAGAAAUGGGCUACCUCUACAGCAAGUGCCCAGAGCCAGACUUUGGAGGACUGGGCAUUGGCACUGGGGGCUGACAAACUUCUGCAGGCCCUGGAGGACAGGUUUGCAGACAAGGAACGUGCCCGUAAGGCUGCUGACAAGAUCGUACGCCUUGGACAGCAACGUUACAGCGGCAGUCUGCAGGCCCUUUUCGCUGAAUUUGAGCAGCUCACCUCCACCCCUGGAUUGGUUAUGUCUGUUGAUGAUCUGCUGACUAGCUUUUGCGAGGCUGCGCCUGAGAAGUUCUCAGUCGCUUUGUAUAGCGCCGGGCAUAAAGACUGGCGCUCACUUGGACGUGCAGCACUGGACAUGGAGGCCAAGCUCCAUGUUCAGGCCCCCUCCAGUAACAAGAGGAAAGGCGCCUUCCCUCGCGGUGGUAGAAAGGGAAAGGCAGCCUUUGCCUACGCGGGUUCUGGAUCAUCAUCUGAUGCAGGAUCCCGGCCUGGAAGGGGUGUGGAGGAAGAGGAAGGAAAAGGGGGUCUGAUUGAGGAGCCAUUUGGGUUACCCAACCAGCCAACCAAGCAUCGUAUUGAGCUGCUGCCUGGAGCGGUCCCUCCCAAGGGCCGCAUCUACAGGAUGUCACCUGUUGAGCUUGAGGAGCUCAGGCGACAGCUUGAGACCCUGACCAGCAAGGGUUGGAUCAGGCCCAGCACUUCUGAAUUUGGUGCCCCAGUCCUCUUUGUUCCAAAGGGGAGCGGCGAGUUCAGAAUGUGCAUAGACUACAAGGGUCUCAACAAGAUCACUAGGAAGAGCACAGAGCCACUUCCUAGGAUCGAUGACCUUCUGGAUAUGGUCCAGGGUUGUACCAUUUUCAGCAAAGUCGACCUCAAAUCUGGCUAUCACCAGAUUGAGAUGGCAGAGGAAGACGUCCACAAGACGGCUUUCAAAACCAGACUGAGAUGCACCGCAUAUUUCAGGCCGUACCUGGAUAAGUUUAUGGUUGUCUACCUGGAUGAUAUCCUGGUAUUCAGCAAAACUACCAGGGAACAUGCGGAGCACCUGGCUCUAGUCCUUCAGUCGUUACGUGACAGCCAGUACAAGAUCAACAAGGAGAAAUCCUCUUUUGGAGUUCCGUCUGUUAUCUACCUGGGUCAUGUAAUCUCUGGAGAUGGUUUGGCCCCUGAAGCAGCCAAGGUUGCUGCUAUUCAAGAUUGGCCACAGCCUCAGACACUGAAAGAUGUCCGGUCAUUCUUGGGUCUGGCCUCCUACUACAGAAAGUUCGUCAGGAACUUUUCUGCUGUGGUUGCACCCCUGACCAACCUCACGAAGAAAGACACUCCCUUUCUUUGGUCCCUCCACUGUCAGAUGGCCUUUGCACGACUCAAACAGGCCUUGACUCGUGCACCUGUUCUGAAGUUGCCUGACCCCACUCUGCCAUUUGUUCUCACCACUUACGCCAGUCAGUAUGGCAUUGGGGCAGUCCUUCAGCAGCAUGAUGGUAAUGGUCUGAGACCUGUAGAGUUUAUGAGUAAGAAGAUCAAAACUCAGAAGCUUCAAGACUCUACCUACGAGAAAGAGCUAUAUGCUCUUGUCAGUGCCCUGAAACAUUGGAAGCACUUUCUCCUGGGCAGGCACUUCAAGAUCUUUUCUGAUCACUCCACCCUGCAGUGGUUGAAGUCCCAGGGAGAGUUGAAUGAUAAAUUGGCACGCUACAUCCAGUUCAUUGAUCUGUUUGACUUUGAACUGAAGCAUAAGAAGGGCAGCUACAACAAGGUAGCAGACGCCCUCUCUCGUAGGCCUGACUCCUUCGCGUUGAUCUCCUCUACUCACUCCUUUGGAGAGGAGGUCCGUCAGACCAUCGCUCGUUUGCUGGCUCAGGAUCCGACUUAUGGACCCAUCGUCAGGAAUCUGCGAACAGAUCCUAAUUCUGAACCUGGUUAUGCCCGGAGUUCAGAUCUGCUGUAUACUUACAGCAGAGGAGAGGAGCGCUUGUGCAUCCCUGAAGAUCAGCAGUUGAGGACACUGCUGAUGUCAGAGUGCCACGACGCGCGUGGACACUUUGGGUUCCUAAAGUCAUAUGCAGCCCUGUCGCAGCACUUCUUCUGGAAAGAGAUGCGGAGUGAUAUGCUGCGCUAUGUGGACACCUGUGAGCUCUGCCAAAGGAACAAGGUUCAACGUAAACCUCCUUUGGGAUUGCUCAAACCUUUGCCCAUACCUGAUGGUCCUGCCCAGUCUGUGUCAUUGAUUUCACAGACUUAGGCAAGACUACCCCUCGUGGCAUGCGUCAGGUCAUGGUCUGCGUGGACAGGUUCUCCAAAUACGCAGAG